AUGAGCUCAUGUUCUCGCCUUUUAGAUGGCGUGUCACUCGAUCUGAUUUUGACCGAUUGGUUAAAAAUAUACAUCACAGAAAUAUUAGUUAUUUUGAAGGUACAUGGGAAAAAUGUACUAGAAGGUAAUAUUGCUGAAAUGAAAUGGGCGAUUUGGCGACGAAAUCAGGAUGAUAUCUCAGGUGAUAUUGAUGAUGAGGAAGAUAAGGCUGAUGAAGAUUGUGCUAUCAUCGCUAAAACAUUGAAAAAUACAGCUAGUCGCACAGAACUCGAGAAACUCAUCAAAGAAGUACUCAUAUUUCACUGUGUUCCAUCUCAUCCAAAUCUUGCUCAGGUAAUCGCGAUUGCAUCAUUUGGAAAAUUCACUCGUUUGGCUGAUAUAGUAGAUUUUCCACUGAUUUGCUAUAAGCAUCAAGGUUUUGGGAAUUUGAAACAAUUUCUUCAACUAUGCCAAGAAAACGAAAAUAUUGAGCCAAGCAAAGAGGAAUAUAGAAGUUUAAGAACUCAUGAAGUUGUUUCAAUGGCUAUGCAAAUACUUAGUGCAAUAAUUCACCUCCAUAAGCAUGGUGUUAUUCAUAAAGAUAUUGCUGCCAGAAAUUGUCUGGUAAGCGAAAAAAAUCAUGGUACUACGAAUCGUUUAUUUGUCCAGUUAUGUGAUUCGGCUUUAGCCAAGGAUUUCUUUCCAAAUGAUUAUUACUACUUCAAUAAUAACGAAGCAAAACCAAUUAAAUGGAUGGCAUAUGAAAGCUUGAGAUCUAAUUCAUUUAGUAAAUCUACAGACGUCUGGUCAUUUGGAGUAACUUUAUGGGAAUUAUCAUCAUGUGGACAGCAACCAUUUGACGCUAUAGAUCCUGGAAAUAUAAUAACGGUUCUCGAACAAGGAAGUCGUCUUCCACAGCCUUACAAUUGUCCUGACGAAUUGUAUUGGUUAUAUUAUAUUGGCUUAAAGGAAAAAUGA